AUGGUCCAAGUAUUAGACGCAGGUUACGGUUACGGUUUCGUUGUUGGCCUUGGUGCUGCAUUCACCCUCAUUAUGAUUUUUGUAACUAGGGUCCUAACAAAAUAUAUGGGAGAAGUUCAGGACUCAGAGCAUUUUUCGACGGCUUCAAGAUCAAUCAAAUCGGGUCUGAUAUCUUCUGCGGUAGUCUCUUCAUGGUGCUGGCCUGGUACGCUUCUUUCUUCCUGUGUCUAUACCUAUAGAUACGGUGUCGCUGGUGGUUAUUGGUAUGGUAUUGCUGGUAUUAGUCACUCGAUGCUUUUCACGAUAGUUGCUCUACAGAUGAAAAGAAAAGCGACUGGUGCACAUACUAUUGUGGAGAUUGUUAAGGCUCGUUUCGGAAAGGCAGCACAUUGCAUUUACCUAUUUUAUUCAUGUGCCACGAAUACCAUUAUCGCUAGUAUGCUUUUACUAGGUUGUUCCCAAGCUUUUUCGCAUAUUGCUGAUAUUCAUAUUGUGGCUUGUGCUUUUCUAUUUCCUGUAAGUGUUGCAGUGUAUACCAUGCUGGGCGGACUUAAAAGUACUUUUCUGAGCGACUGGAUCCAUACAGUUAUUAUUUACUUGGUAAUAAUCGUUUCUCUUCUCGUUUGUUACACAAGUUCAAGCUACAUUGGAUCAACAGGUAAAAUGUGGGAUUUGUUACACGAAGUUUCCAAAACUCAUCCUUCAGCCGGGCACGAUGGUAGUUAUUUGACUUUCUCGAACAAGAGUCUUGUGAUGUUGGCGUGGAGUCAAAUUAUGAGUGGCUGGGCAACUGUCUUUGCGGAUCCAUCCUACGGUCAAAAGGCUAUUGCUGCUAAGCCAAUGUCCACAAUUUCUGGUUACGUUAUUGGCUCCUUAUGCUGGUUCAUCAUUCCCUGGAGUUUUGGAUUAGGCACGGCUCUUGCCGCUCUUGCUCUAACAAAUAAUCCUGUUUCUCCAACAUAUCCAAAUACUAUUCCUACAGCUGAAGUGAAUAUGGGUAUGCCUCUUCUUUAUGGGCUUUAUGCCUUAAUGGGCAAAUCUGGAGCUGCGGCUGGUAUUUUGGUUCUUUUCAUGUCCUGCACCUCAUCUCUUUCAGCCGAGCUCGUCUCCUUCUCUUCAGUCAUGACCUAUGACGUGUAUAGAGCUUACAUCAAGCCAGAUGCCACAGGAAAUCAGCUUGUUAGAGUUUCUCAUUUUUUCGUCGUUACAUUUGCUCUUUUCAUUGCUGGAUUAACUAUUAUGUUCAAUUACAUUGGUAUCACAAUAUCGUGGAUUCUCACUUUUGUGGGUAUUAUCCUCGGAGCCGCUCCUGUUGGAAUUACACUGACCUUAUUCUGGCCAAAAAUGAGUAGAUACUGUUUCUACAUUGCAUUGCCAUUGGGCUCACUUACGGGUCUCGGAUGCUGGCUUUUGCUUGUAAGCAUUUCUACGGCGCAAUUAAUAAGGAUAAUCUUUCCCUUGUAAAUUCCACAAUCAUUGCCAACUUUUCCACGUUUGGAGCAACUCUCCUUUUUUGUAUGAUCUGCGGUUUUGCAUUUCCUGACGAUAGUUCAAUAGAUAAUCUUCAAGGGAAAUUUUUGGUAGCAGACGACGCAACCCCUCAAGAGAAAAGGCAAAUGCAAUUAGACGAAAAAACAAAACUAAGGCUGGAUAAAGCGUUCAAGUGGGCUAGUGUUGGAGUUUUCGCGAUAUGGGUGGCUUUUACUUUCGUGCUUCCUUUUCCAAUGUAUGGUCAAAAAUACAUCAUGUCUAAAUCUUUCUUUAAGGGCUGGGUAGUGGUCAGUAUCAUUUGGCUUUUCAUUGCUUUCCUUUAUAUCACAUUUUAUCCAAUUUAUGAAAGUCGGACAACUCUGUACGAGUUUUAUCAAAAGAUUUCUGGUAAAGAUAAGGGCACUAACCUCGAAGUAUUAUUUGGAAAUGAAGCUCAACUUGUAUCGUCUGAAGAAAACAAAAAGAAUUCAAUGGUUGAAAUACGUGCUGAAAAAAUCGAGGACUCAUCUUGGAGUCCUCAGUCUUCAGGGAAGAUUGUGUAA